AAUUUUUUGGGUACAAUUUUUUGAGACCUUAGUAAGGCUCAGCUAGGCUACACCAUGAUGCUUGGCAAGCACUGUACUUCACGGAACACAUUUUCUUCAAAGAGCCCAACUGUUCUUGGCCUUUAAUGGUUUGCGUAAAAGUAAGGUAAAUUUCUAAUGAGUUUUUGAUGUAAAGUGUUAAACUAGAGUUCUCAGUGUAAUAACUACAAGAAUAAGAAUUGCAGUCAUUGUGGGUGUGAAUUAGGCAAUAUGUUGCUGACAGGAAAUAUUUAUUGCAGGAAUUCAGUACUGGUGUGAAUGUUUUCUGGUGGUCUAUAACAAUACCCAGAGAAUUUUUUAAUAUUUCCUCAAUCCUGCCACCAGUGAAUUGAUAGUAUAUUGCCAUACUAGAGAGAUGUAAAGUUUUCCCAAAGGUCACUAUUGUAAAGUUGAGCUUAGAGUUUGUGCUAUGUGAGUCGCAAUUACAGUAUUAGGAAGUGGGAGUUGGUAACUAUAAUUGACCUGCCCAGGGGAUCUUACCCAUCUUUCUCUGGCCAAGCAGAGAAAUGGCUGCUUUCUCACGCCAAGCAGCCAUUGCCUGCUAGCUUCUGAUAAUAGAGCCUCUGCAAUCUUAAGAUCUUCACGAUCAGACUAGGUGCAUAAUGCUACACAAUCUGUUUAAAAACAAGAACGGGGUGGGGGGUGAAAAUGGGAAUGUACUUGCCUGUGAGGUCCUGGGUUCCAUCCCCAGUACCAAAGGGAAAACCACAACCUUCGGCUGUGAGAAAAGCUGAAGUACUGUUUGCAUUCAUCACUGUGAGGAAAAUGGGGCUGCUACGUGGGAGUCAUGGACGGGCUGAUGGAUACCUGCCCAUUGAGAAGUGCCAUACAAAUCUCCAGUUAGGUUCAGGUGUAUGUCGGGGAGACGGAACAGCCAUGAGCAGCAAGUUCCGAGGAGGCGGCCGGCCCCGGCGCCAUGCGCUCCAUGCGCUCCAUGCGCCUGCGCGUCAUCCUCCCGCCCUUUUCAGUGGUUCCGCUUCCGCCUUGGCUGCACGAGGGGGCGUCCGGAGACUUCCGCAUGCCCGGCAAACUCGGAGGAUGCUGAGGCCCGAGACCUCGUCAGCCGUGCCCUCCCCGCCCACGGCUUCCCCCUUGUCACGACAGGCUCCCUCGCAGCGGCCGCACUACGGCGUCGGGGUCCAGGAGACUCCUCAGAGCUGCCCCUCGGCGUGGACGUCCCCGCCUGGCUCGUCUGGGGUGGCGGGCGAUCGCAGCGGCAGCAGCAGCCUUCCCGGUCGGCCGCCAUGCGCCUGUCCAGAGCGAGGUUCAUAUCUGGGAAACAAAAGAUCUUAUGCAGCAAACAUAGUAGCAUCCAGUUUUACAUUUGGUACAAGCUCAUCUUCUGCACAAGAUACCAGUUAUCCACAAGUACUUAAAACUCCUCCGUUGUCUGCUGGAAAUCUCCAGAGAUCAGGUUGUAAAAGUUGGACACCACAGAUAGGUUACUCAGCCACAUCCUCCUCUGCAGUUUCUGCACAUGCCCCAUCGGUUAUUGUUGCUGUGGUAGAAGGGAGAGGACUUGCCAGAGGUGAGAUAGGGAUGGCAAGUAUUGAUAUAAAAAGCCCACAAAUUAUACUAUCCCAGUUUGCAGAUAAUACAAUAUAUACAAAGGUGAUCACUAAACUCAAAAUUUUAUCACCUUUGGAAAUAAUAAUGUCAAAUACUGCUUGUGUUGUGGGGAAUUCAACCAAGUUGUUUACUCUGAUCACAGAAAAUUUCAAGAAUGUUAACUUCACUACUAUCCAGAGGAAAUACUUCAAUGAAACAAAAGGAUUGGAGUACAUUGAGCAGUUAUGCAUAGCAGAAUUCAGCUCUGUUCUAAUGGAGGUUCAAUCCAAGUAUUACUGCCUUGCAGCUGUUGCAGCUUUGUUAAAAUAUGUUGAAUUUAUUCAAAAUUCAGUUUAUGCACCAAAAUCGCUGAAGGUUUGUUUCCAGGGCAGUGAACAGACAGCUAUGAUAGAUUCAUCAUCAGCCCAAAACCUCGAAUUGCUAAUUAAUAACCAAGAUUCUAGGAACAAUCACACUCUUUUUGGUGUUUUAAAUUACACUAAGACUCCUGGAGGUAGUAGAAGACUCCGUUCUAAUAUUUUAGAACCCCUGGUUGAUAUUGAAACCAUUAACAUGAGAUUAGACUGUGUUCAAGAACUACUUCAACAUGAGGAGCUCUUUUUUGGACUUCAGUCAGUUAUAUCAAGAUUCCUUGAUACAGAACAGCUUCUUUCUGUUCUAGUCCAAAUUCCAAAGCAAGACACGGUUAAUGCAGCUGAAUCAAAGAUAACAAAUUUGAUAUACCUAAAGCAUACCUUGGAGCUUGUGGAUCCCCUAAAGAUUUCUCUGAAGAACUGUAAUACAACUUUAUUAAGAGCUUACUAUGGUUCCUUGGAAGACAAGAGGUUUGGAAUUAUACUUGAAAAGAUUAAAACAGUAAUUAAUGAUGAUGCAAGAUACAUGAAAGGAUGCCUGAAUAUGAGGACUCAGAAGUGCUAUGCAGUGAGGUCUAACAUAAAUGAGUUUCUUGACAUAGCUAGGAGAACAUAUACAGAGAUUGUAGAUGACAUAGCAGGAAUGAUAUCACAGCUUGCAGAAAAAUAUAGUCUUCCUUUAAGGACAAGUUUUAGCUCUGCACGAGGAUUUUUCAUCCAGAUGACUACAGAUUGUACAGUGCUCUCCAGUGAUCAACUUCCUUCAGAAUUUAUUAAGAUUUCUAAGAUGAAGAAUUCUUACAGCUUUACAUCAGCAGAUUUAAUUAAAAUGAAUGAAAGAUGCCAAGAGUCUCUGCGAGAAAUCUAUCACAUGACUUAUAUGAUAGUAUGCAAACUGCUUAGUGAAAUUUAUGAACAUAUUCAUUGCUUACAUAAACUCUCUGACACUGUGUCAAUGCUGGAUAUGCUACUGUCAUUUGCACAUGCCUGCACUCUUUCUGACUAUGUUCGGCCAGAGUUUACUGAUACUUUAGCAAUCAAACAGGGAUGGCAUCCUAUUCUUGAAAAAAUAUCUGUGGAAAAGCCUGUUGCCAACAAUACCUAUAUUACAGAAGGGAGUAAUUUUUUGAUAAUAACUGGACCAAAUAUGAGUGGGAAAUCCACAUACUUAAAACAAAUUGCACUUUGUCAGAUUAUGGCCCAAAUUGGAUCGUAUGUUCCUGCAGAAUAUUCUUCCUUUAGAAUCGCUGAACAGAUCUUUACAAGAAUCAGUACUGAUGACGACAUUGAAACAAAUUCAUCAACAUUUAUGAAGGAAAUGAAAGAGGUAGCAUAUAUUCUACAUAAUGCUAAUGACAAGUCACUCAUAUUAAUUGAUGAACUUGGCAGAGGUACUAAUACAGAAGAAGGUAUUGGCAUUUGUUAUGCUGUUUGUGAAUAUCUGCUAAACCUAAAGGCAUUUACACUGUUUGCUACACAUUUCCUGGAACUAUGCCAUAUAGAUGUCCUCUAUCCUAAUGUAGAAAACAUGCAUUUUGAAGUUCAGCAUGUAAAGAAUACCUCAAGAAACAAAGAAGCAAUUUUGUAUACCUACAAACUUUCUAAGGGUCUCACAGAAGAAAAACAUUAUGGUAUUGCAUCGGCAGAAACUAUUUUGCCCUUAUCUAUA